AGAGAUAGAGAGAGAGAGAGAGAGAGAGAGAUUGAAGUUGGGCAGAAAACGAACCGGGAUUUGUUUUGGUCAAAAGAUUGUAUUUUGAGGAAAUGAGAGAGAAGAAUUGGGUUUAGAAGAAAAAGAUUGGAUUUUGAUACAGAGGAGCUAAGUUUUACAGAGAGAUAUAUAUAGGGAUGGGUAGGAAACAGUCUGAAUCCGAAGGGAACCGCUGGCCAUGCUUGGUCCUUCUUGGGAUCACUCUUCUUUCUUCUACUCUGGUUUAUAUCGCUCUUUCAGUGGCCUUUCAACCUCGAUCUCCAUCCAUUAUGUCCUUUUCUCAAUUUGGUUCUGUUGAAGGAGGAAUUGGGGUUGGUGAUUGUUGCAGAGGGAUCGAACAGUUGGAAUUGUGGGGACCUGCAGUGAAAUGGGGAUCCGAUUUCAAGUUCAAUUCAUCAGACAAGUGUUGUGAAGCCUGCAAGUCUAUGUGCUCUGGAGAUGGCCCCUGUCUCUGCAAUUCUUGGGUCUUUUGUGGGGACAAGGAUCGAUGUGAAAACAAAUUUGGGGAGUGCUGGUUGAAAAAACAGAAGGACCCCUUAAGUCCUGAUGUUCAAGCGUUGGAAGACAAAGAAAAAGUUAUUUGGACUUCUGGACUUGUUUAUGGGAAAGGAGAGGGAAUAAUUGGUCUGGAGACACAGCAUGGGACGAUUCAUCUCAAACUUCUUCCAGACUGUGCUCCUCACUCUGUUGCCUACAUCAUUGAGCUAUUAAAAUUGCAUCAUUGUGCGGGCUGCCAUAUAUAUCGUGCAGAAGGCAGGGGAAACUCCUGGGACUCAGAAGGGAACCACAUUAUGGAGAGUCCUUUAGGGCCCCCAUUUGCACUGAUUCAAGGAACUCUAGAAGCCCAAGGUGUAACAUUUAAAGGAAUUCCAGCAGAGGCUUGCCCCUCCAUCAGAAGAGGCUCAGUUGCUUGGAUUGGAUCAGGGCCCGAUUUCUUUAUAAGCCUUGCAAAUCAUGAAGAAUGGGGCAGUGUGUACACUGUUUUUGGUUCUGUUCUACCUGAAGACAUGGAGAUUGCAGAGAAAAUUGCUCAACUCCCCACUACUUCUGAUGUAUGGAAGAAUAUACAAGUAUCUGUUUUGGAGAACCCCAUUAGCUUGAAACUUAAAAAAUAUGAGGUUAUGAGUCUUGAUAUCCGUGCUAAGGGUUCUUAGCUUCCCACUGAGUCACGUUUUGAUGUACGGGUUAUCCCUUUUCAUACCGCUGUAUUGAACCAUGUGACUCAUAUGCUGUCUGCAAAUGCUUUUCUAGUGGCCUCGAUGAUGUAACUUGGUAAGGAGUUAUUUUGAAUCCGUGAAUUGAAACUCCAUCCUUGACUUGGGGGCUUGGGAAAUUUGAAGUUCCAAACUCAGGGGAGCCCGACUUUUACAAGCUCUAGCGAAUUCACUCACUAUUGUCACUGAAUCUUUAUUUGA